AUGGCUGUCAUGUUGGGGCUGAAUUACACCUUUGUGUCAGAGUUCAUCCUCAUUGGCUUCUCUACCUUCCCUCAUCUUCAGCUGAUGUUCUUCCUGCUGUUCCUGCUCAUGUACCUCUUCACACUGCUAGGCAACCUGCUCAUCAUGGCCACCAUCUGGAGUGAGCACAGCCUCCACACACCCAUGUACCUCUUCCUGUGCGCCCUCUCCAUCUCUGAGAUUUUCUACACCUUUGCCAUCAUCCCACGCAUGUUGGCCGACCUGCUCUCCGCGCUUCACUCCAUCGCCUUUCUGGCCUGUGCUAGCCAAAUGUUCUUCUCCUUCACAUUUGGCUUCACCCACUCCUUUCUACUCACUGUCAUGGGCUAUGACCGCUAUGUGGCCAUCUGUCACCCACUGCGAUACAAUGUGUUCAUGAGCCCCCGUGGCUGUGCCUGCCUGGUUGCCUGGUCCUGGGUUGGUGGUUCAUUCAUGGGGACAGUGGUGACAACAGCCAUUUUCAACCUCACAUUCUGUGGACCCAACGAGAUCCACCAUUUCUUCUGCCAUGUUCCACCUCUGUUGAAGUUGGCAUGUGGAGAGAAUGUACUGGAGGUGGCAAAGGGCGUGGGAAUGGUGUGCAUCACAGCCCUCCUGGGCUGCUUUCUCCUCAUCCUCCUCUCAUAUGCCUUCAUUGUGGCUACCAUCUUGAAGAUACCAUCAGCUGAGGGUCGGCACAAGGCUUUCUCCACAUGUGCAUCCCACCUCACAGUGGUGGUUGUACAUUAUGGCUUUGCCUCUGUCAUCUACCUCAAGCCUAAGGGCCCCAAGUCUCUGGAAGGAGAUACUCUGAUGGGUAUCACCUAUACAGUCCUCACCCCUUUCCUUAGUCCCAUCAUCUUCAGUCUCAGGAACAAGGAGCUGAAAGUAAGUAUGAAGAAAGCUUUCCUCAACAAAUUAUUUCUGCAGAACUCCUGAAGAGAAUGGCUUACCAGUGGGAAUGUAGUAGGAAACAAUUCUCCUGUUGUUCUCCCUUUGUGCUUCCAUUCUGUUUCUCUUUUUCUAUACAUUGUCUUCUUUUCUCUUCUCCUCUCCUUUUUUCUUUGUUCCU